GUCGCGCGCGUGCUGUGAAAUAUGCCGCCCGUAGCAGCGGCCACUGCGCCUGCGCGGCGGCUUUGGCGCUUCUCUUGUCCCUUGAAGUCAUGGCGGGAAUGCAGCAGAAAUGACAAUGGCAGGAAAGAACAAAACAGCAGCAAGGAAAGGAGCGAGGAAGAGGAGCGCAGCCAUAGCAAGAAGUGGAGGAGCAGGGUGCAGGUUACUCCACACCUGGCACAUGGAGCCGAGUCAGGGAAGAUUCUCUUUGCUGCCUUUCUGGAUGCAUUGAAGGUUUCACCAUUGAUAGAAAAGGUCAGCGAGCACAAGGACUUCAAAAAGCUUCUGAGGACUCGGACCAACGUUCUCAUCCUCUACUCCAAAUCAGCUGCUGUAGGUGAACGUCAACUCAAGUUGCUGUCUGAGGUGGCACAGGCAGUUAAAGGCCAGGGCACCAUUGCCUGGGUGGACUGUGGAGACUCUGAAGGCCGGAAGUUAUGCAAGAAGGUGAAGGUCGACCCGAGCUCCAAAAAGGGUGGCGCAGAGAUGCUGCAUUACAAGGAUGGCAACUUCAACACUGAAUACAGCCGACCGGAAACCUUUAAGUCUAUAGUGGCGUUCUUGAAGGACCCAACAGGAGCUCCACUAUGGGAAGAAAAUCCCGAAGCCAAGGAUGUCACCCACAUUGAAAGUGAAAGGGAAUUUCGUAAAUUGCUGAAAAAGGAGGAGAAACCGAUUCUAAUGAUGUUCUACGCUCCAUGGUGUGGAGUGUGCAAGAGGAUGAUGCCAGCUUUCCAGCAGGCUGCCACCGAACUGAAGGGCAACUAUGUGCUGGCUGGAAUGAACGUGCAUCCUGCGGAGUUUGACGGGAUUAAACAGGAGUUCAACGUGAAGGGAUACCCCACCUUCUGUUAUUUCGAAAAAGGAAAGUUCUUGCAUCACUAUGAGAAUUAUGGAGCCACGGCGAAGGACAUCGCUGAGUGGAUGAAGAACCCUGAAGCCCCCCAACCUAAAACUCCAGAGGUUCCCUGGUCAGAGCAGGAGUCUGCCGUCUUCCACCUGACAGAUGAAGAUUUCGACAAGUUCCUGCAGGACCACCCGAAAGUGCUGGUGAUGUUCUACGCCCCAUGGUGCGGUCACUGUAAGAAAAUGAAGCCAGACUAUGAUGAAGCUGCUGAGGUCCUCAACAAGGAUGAGCACAGCCCCGGAGUCCUGGCAGCAGUCGACGCCACCAUCCACAAAGUCGCGGCAGAAAAGUACCACGUGUCUGGCUUCCCGACGGUCAAGUACUUUGAGGACGGAGAGGAGAAGUUCACACUGCCGCACCUCCGGACCAAAGACAAGAUCAUCGAGUGGCUCCACAACCCUCAAGCGCCACCUCCUCCAGAGCAGACCUGGGAAGAGAAGCCAUCACAUGUGAGCCACCUGGCAGCUGAGGACUUCAAGGACUUCCUGAAGAAGAAGAAGCACGCCCUCGUCAUGUUUUAUGCCCCGUGGUGCCCCCACUGUAAAAACGCCGUCCCGCACUUCACGUUGGCAGCCGACUUGUUUAAAGAAGACCGGAAGAUUGCUUAUGCUGCUGUUGACUGCACCAAAGGUCAAAACCAUGAACUCUGCAAACAAGAAGGAAUUGAGGGCUACCCCACCUUCAAUUACUACAACUAUGGAAAGUUUGGAGAGCGAUACAGUGGGGAGAGAGGGGAGACGGGCUUUGUCACUUUCAUGAAGACGCUACGAGAGAAGGAUCAGGAAAAGGUGGGCAAGAAGAAGGACGAGUUGUAACGGCACGUGACGCCCCGAGCCUUUGCCGCUUCUCGAGACGGCGGAUUCCCGACGGGAGAAGUGAGAAGCGUAACCGGAGUUUCAGGCACAGUCGUACUUACCACUUGACGUGAUUAUUCUGAAGCAAAAAAAAAAAAAAAACAACCCAUUCCCAAGAAAACCCGUUGAGAUUUCGCUCCCCACUGACGACGACGACGACGUGCUCUGAGACCACUUGACCUAUGCAAUCGCGUCCGGCUUUUUGUUACUGGCUUUAAUUUUUCCUAAUUCACUGUGCGUUUCUAGUGUGCUUCGCGACGAUUGUGUCGAUGUACAGAAUCACAGUUUCUAUUUUUUGGGGACUUCCUGCUCUUUCCACGAGGGACUGAAAAUGUAUAAAGCUACUUUGAUCGAGUUAUUUUUUUAUCGGAUAAUGUGAAGUCACAAAGCAUGUCCUGUUUAAGCUUCAGAGUGUGGCCUUAAAAUGAACCCUGUUGAAAAACGUCAUCCAAAGGUUUCCUACGCAUUCCAAAUCCGACCGAAGUGAAGUGAAGUGAAUCGACCGCCCGGCCGUGUGAACAAAUCAAGUUUUUGUAUGUUUUCAAAUUGCGUGCGUUUCAGCGUAAAGACGGGGAGGGGGGCUUCAAUGCUGCUUUGGCACCCUCGCCGUAGAAGUCACAUGCUUUAUAAGGGUCCAGGUGACACAUUUUAGCUGAUGUGGUGACUUGAGCUGCACUUGCAGGCGUCUUUUUGUUUUUUUUCGACUUGACGUCACCUCUGGCUGGUCAGAAGGAGGCCCAGCAGUGUCCUUUAAUGAUUCUUUGAGGUGCCUGCUUAUCAAUUUAAAAACCGUGAUUUCAACAGACGCCGUGGCUCACCUUGGCCACCACACAUUGAGCGCUUAGGGCUUGUGGCCCUGCAGCUUAAGUCACAAAUUUAAGAGGAGAAGGGGCGACGUGACAAACCCGCGCAGAGCUAGCGCUCGACUGUCACCGAGCCAUCUGGUUGCCUGGAGCAGGCAGGAUGUGACGAUCACCUCUGGUGCAACCUCCUUCGCCACGGGUGACGACUGCAGGAUUUGAGCCCACUCUGGUCCUUUACCUUUCCAGGUGUUGUGCCCGCUCUUUCGUUUAUUUAAAUUAAGGUUCUCAGGGACGGCGGGACGGCAGGUGGGCAAUUAAAGGGAACAAUCGUGAUUCACGCUGAACUUUGAAGCUGGAGAGACCGACCGAGUAUUAAGGGCGUCUGACUUGUUUACACUUUGCACGAUGUCCGUGUCACCCGCGCCACAGGACUGGGCCGAGUAGAGCAGGACACGCCGCCUGUGCUCACCUUCACGACUUUCUGUGUUUCUUCUUAGGCACCAAACUGAAAGAAUCUUGUGAACUGUAAUAAUAACAAGAAUGACGGUAAAAUAAAAAACGAAUAAAGAACACGCUGGGUCACACACGGUA